AUGAAAGGCGGGGUUACUGAAGAACAUCUGUACCUGGCGUACUCCCAUCAAUUUGAAGAUUGCAUCUUUCCUCUCCACACAUCAAUAUCCUUGUUUUUGCUGUCCUACUGUGACUGCAAAUUAUUCAAAGUUUUCUUAGUGCCUGCUAGUGACAGUACAGAUGACCAGUUAUUUGGCAAAGCACAGCCUGGUGACCUAGAGGUCCACUUCAUCUCAAGGUGUCAACUCCCUUUGGUUGUCCAGAGUUGCUGUUUGCCUGCUAUAGUUGAAGAAAAUGGCAAAUUCUGUCGAGCUGGUCUUUCUGUUGUGUUGAGGCACAUAAUACAGAAAACAUAUGAGGUAGAUCCAUCAAAGAAGUUGGUUUUGGAACUUUUGGGGUUUAAAAAGACGUGCCUAAAAGCCUGUGCUGAAGUUAGUCAGUGGACCAGACUUUGUGAGAUCAGCAUCCCUCAGGCCGUUGAGAGCUUAUUGAAUGCAUCUCCCGAUCAGUGUCAGGCCAUUCCACCUGAGGUUUUGCUUCUUGAGAAGAAGCUAGGAGAACCUGUCAGAGUGCACAAUGAUGACAAAAUCCGAAGGCAGAAACUUCAACAGCAAAAGGCAGGUGAUAAGACUGCAGCGCCUGCCCUCGCUAAGAGAGCAACAAAAAAUCUUAGCCCAGAAGAAGGAACAAUAGCGGAAAUCAAAGACCAAGAAGAACCUGCAAGUUUGGAACUGAAAGUAGCUUUCUCAAAAUUAGUUGUGCAGGAAAUACCUGCUACAACCAACAGGGAGCCCUCUCACAUCAGGAAAACAAAAACCUCUGAUCUCCCACCUCUGGAGCAUGUUUUUGCUGAGGGGCUUUAUUUCACUCUGGCAGAUGUAGUGCUUUUGCCAUGCAUCCAUCAAUUCUUGGUUUUCAUCAAGAAGCACAACAAAAAGCUAUUAGAUUUGCCUCUGAUAUCCAGUUGGUACCACAGAGUUCAGGAAGUGCCUGGAGUAAAGAGUGCUGCUGCCAAGUGCAAUAUGCUGUUUCUCCAAUUUCCAGAUUUGCUGUCUUUCCCAGAUGAGCAGCUGAGAGACUUCUCUACAAUUCCUGAUGACUUAGAGGAAGAACAUGAAGACUAUCAGUUUAUAGGCGGUCCAAGGCCAACCAUGACAAAGUUAAUGGAAAGCGGUAUUGAAGCAAAGUUUUCUCCUCAUCCCUGCCCUAGGUGGACCCUAGAUUGGAACAGUCUACCAGCAGCAGUCAGUCCUGGAGAAGGAAAGAUGUCCAGUGAUCGUGCUCUGAGGAAACAGCAGCAAUUGAAUAAUCUGGUGUCCAUGGUAACAAAAUUAUCUAAACCCGGAGAUGUGAUUGUGGAUUUUUGCAGUGGCGGGGGCCAUGUAGGAAUUGUUCUUGCUCACAUGUUGCCAUCAUGCCAGGUGGUGCUGAUAGAAAAUAAGGAGUUGUCAUUGGUACGUGCUAAAGACAGAAGUGAUGAAUUAGGAUUACACAAUAUUUGGUUCGUUCAAGCAAACCUGGACUAUUUUAAAGGAACUUUUAAUAUUGGGGUGGCUCUGCAUGCUUGUGGCGUGGCAACAGAUAUGGUGAUUGAGCACUGCAUCAAGGCUCAUGCAGCCUUUGUCAUCUGCCCUUGCUGUUAUGGUUUCAUUCAGAACACAGUGAAAUUUACAUUUCCACGAAGUCAUCGGUUCAAGGAAGUUUUAUCCUAUAAGGAGCACAUGAUUCUUUGCAGAUUUGCAGAUCAGACCGCUGUUCAGCUUCCACCCGAACGCAGACUAAUAGGAAAACACUGUAUGGGGCUGGUGGAUCUGGAUCGGGCAUGGGCUGCAGAAGGAUGCAACUACUCUGUCCAAGUGAUGUCCAUGGAGCCAGAAAGUUGCUCUCCAAAGAACAACAUGGUAGUGGGUGUCCCUAUUUAG